AUGCCACUACCAAAUGCAACUUUGGGAUCAAUAUCAUACAAUGCUGAUGAAAGUUUAUCUAUCAAUUGUGAUGAUCUUGUUAAAACUAUUAAAAGAAUCAAGGUUUUCAAAGAUUUAUGCAAAUCAAGUAGUCGUGAGAAGUUCAUUGAAAUUUAUAGAAGGUCAUAUGAGGGAUUUGAUGCACAAUUUCAAGAACUAAAAUUGAAUAAAAUGAAAAGAACUGAUGAAAAGUUUGAAGUAGGAAAGAAUAUUUUAUUUUUAACAAGAUUUGACAUCCCAAUUAAAAAAGAAUAUCUUUUUCCAAAGAAUCCACGAGUUUUUUAUGAUGCUGCUACUACAAUUCUGGUCAAGAUGAUCCCCACUAUUAUAAAAAAUCUUGGACAAGAAUACAUUGAAAUAGAGCAAUUUAUCUGCUUUAUGUUUCAAUUUUCAGCAUUUCAUGCUUUGCAUAUUUUGGAUCUUAUAUUAAUGCCAAUUUAUGAACGUUCAAAAACAUUUACUUCAACUUUUAUAGAUAAUGACCUUAAAACUGUGAAGACAACCAAUGGGUUCAGCCAUUCUGACUCACCAAUAUUCAUGAACGGUCUUUCCCUGGAUAUAUUUGGUCCUUUUGGAUAUGUUUCAGAUCCUAAGUCAUUGCUUGCCUAUUAUUUCUAUAAUUUUCUGUCUGAUUUUCCUCAAGGCUUGUUUAUGAAGAAAAUGUUAAUGGAGACCCAAGACAUAUUAUCGACAAAAGGUUUCAACAAAUGUCACCACGGUAAUAGUGAGAAAUUAUGGUUUUCAAACUAUUUUUUACAUCCAAUUUCCAAGUUUGUGCUGCUCACAGGUGGUUCACUGAAGCGAGUGGUACUUGUCAAUAUUAACGAAGAAGGUGAUGUUGAAACCCCCGUAAACCCAUUAGUUUUUUCAAAAGCAUUGGAGUAUAAAGUUAAAUGCUCUUCAAUAGUUGGUGAGACUGUCUUGGCUGAAAACUCACAUGAUAUUUCUGGUGAUAGUUUCAAUAAUAAGAAGAUAGACAAAGUUAUUAUGCCAGUUUUUCUUUGUGACCCUACUACUUUGGCCAAACUUAUUGGUGAGUAUAAAAGUUGCAAAUUGGAUCAAAAGAGAAAAGCACCUAUUCAAUAUAUAUUAUAUCAAGCAGUUUCCCGUGCACUUGAAUUUGGGUGUCAUUAUGCUUUAGUAUCAGAUACCUGGCUUUUUUUGAUGAUCAUUUUAGAAGAAGUUGAAGACGGAACAGAUGGCUCAUUCAACCUUAAUAAUGGUGAAGUCGGUGGAUGUUCAUAUAAGCUUAAUUGUGAAUUGUAUGAUAUUUCAAAUGGCGUCGAUAGACUCACGUUGUUCUUUUUUGAGGCAGGUUUCAAGUCAAGAGCAUCCGAUACUGAUGACCAAGUGUUCCCAAGAUCAAGAUCUAGACCUUCCACUGAAGAGAAAAAACAAUCUACUGACAUGGAUCCCGAGCAUACUGAAUUAGAUCAAGCUCCAGGUGAAGACAUGGAACAUUUACAGCAAGAGGAUGAUGAUUCUGUGGAUUACAUGACGCUUAACAAUUUUGUUUGA